GUCAAUUAAAUUCUCCUUCAAAUGAUAUAAUAAAUAGAACUCAAAAUCCUCAACGGAAAAAUGAAGAAAAAGGUAGAGAAUUCGUUUUCAUUUCAUUUGAAUCAAAGACUCAUAUCGAACAACAUGACAAGCCAAAAAACGGGAACCGCGAGGCGACUCUUGAAAAUAAAAAAGUUAACGGGAUCGAAGAAUUACCUUCCGAUCCUAUUACCGAUUUUUUCAAGAUUAUUGACGGUUAUGCUAAAAUACAAGUAUUGAUUAAGAAAGCCAAAGAAUCUCGACAAAAAGAUAGUAGACUAGUAGCAUGGGAUUUUUUUUGUGAAGAUUUGCGCCCUGUUACAUUCGAAUCAAUGUAUCAAAAUGAUAAAGAUUGCAAAAAAAUGGAUCUAAAUUAUGAUGAAAAGUACAUUGGGGAGGCUAGCUUACAUAUGGAGAAGCAUGAACUUCCGUCAGCUCAACGAUUUUUAAAGGUAGAAAUGGAAGAUGUUUAUCAAUUUUUAUCAUCACGUCCGUCAUCACCUACACUCAACAUCUUUGAACCAAUGGGUGUAGACGAGACCAUGCCAUCUUUUAUUCCACAGCUAGAAAAAGAUCGUAAACCAUCGAUUCUUCAGCGUUUAGGCAGAAAAGAUUCUACCUUUCCUACUCCAGCAAAUUCAGAUAAAUGCGAUGCUGAUCUAACUGAUCCCUGGGCUCUCCCGAGUGCGGAUGCGGAAUACGAUUAUGAUCGUGAAGAUAAAAAGUCAUCAAUUAUCGUUAAAGAACCGGAUCUGAUGACUAUAAUCCUCAAUGAGAAUUCCGAGGAAACAAAAGAGGGUUUACAGGACGAAUUAAAGAUGGUAGAAUGUCAAUCCAGUAAGGAAUAUUGCAACUCAUCAUCAACUACACCGAAUUCUAUAUUAGAUCUUUGUAAUCGAGUACUUGACUCACCUCAUUUGACUCGCGCAGAAUCCAAUCGUCAAGAAAAAAUCCAAAAAAGAAAAAAUAAAUACAAGAAACCUCAACUUCAUGAUCGUAGAAAGGUUGAAAAUGAUAUGAGGAAGAAAGAACAUCACAUCAUGAUCUCUGAAAACCGCAAUAAAAAGAUAAUUCCUGAUGAUAAUGAUCGAAGUAAAAAGGAAGCCUUACGUGCUCGAGAACUUAACUUGAAAGAGAAUAAUCAUGACGAGUUCAAAGAUGAUGAUAUAAUUUUCAGAAAAGAACGGCGUCAAAGUCCUCGUGCUACUGAUCGUCAUAAUAAAGAAUCUCCAGGCGAAAUUAAGAAGGAUUUUAAUGUAGGAACAACUUUUCUAAAGUUGCAGGAAUAG